ACAGGUGUACUGGAUGAAGGCGUGCUGCUGUUCCUUCUGGACGAGGAGCUGCGGGCGACACUUCUCACGAGCUCUACAACACGCUUUGCGAUCUGCUUGACAUCUGUCACGAGGAGAGCCCCCACAGCCAUCUGUGUGCCGUCUACCUCUGUGAAAUGGCCCAGGUUGUUUGUUUCCAGGAUUUCAGUGAGCAGACAGACUGGUUAUCGCUUCUUGCUGUGGCCUUUUUAUUAUUUGUCAUAAUUAACAGUAGGCCUGUGACGAUAAUCGACUAAUCGAACGAUUAAAAAAUCAACAGGUCAAAGUUUGUUUCACGUGAAAAUGCCUCUGCAGGUUAUUUUUCUUCAAAACCUUUACUUUGUCGCAAAGUAAAUGGUAGUGCUAGUGACAUUUACUAACAUUUUUACGCUUGAAAAUGCAAAUAUAGGCCAAGAACAUUUGCUGAAAUAUGAAUUUUUUGCACUAAUAGCAGGCUGUAGUCAACCACAAAAUAGCAAUCUUUUAUUAAGACAUUUUUGAGAAACAGCGAUGAGGAGGCAGCAAUGCUCCAACCGAGAUGGAGUGCGGGAUGAAUGUGUUUUGUAGUCCAGGCAUUGAUGAAAGUCCCAUUUUUAGUGUCUACAUUUCUGAUAGCGCCAUAUUUUGUUUAAAUGCAAGCAUCAUUGUGACGCGUUUACCUCGCUGUUGGGAAGGAAGUACUGCAUGAGCGAGCACUAAUUAGAUGGAAUGGUUUACAUCAUCUAGGUGAUGUUUGGUGGGCCAGGUGUGGCCCACAGACCGCCUGGUUCGGGCCAAGUAUCUUUUUAUACAUGUGUCCAUUAGUUGUGUUUUUUGGCCAUCGUUUGCCAUAUUGCGGAUUGACUACAGUAUUAUUUUUAAUGGGAAGGUUGAGUCGUUGAGAUUCACUCAGUUGCUUCAAGAUAGGAUUUCUUAACAGUCAAUUCCACACCUUUUUCUUUAUCAAUGAACUGAUUGAUUAUCCCUAGUGCUAUGUCAUGUUCACAUGUGUCUAAUUUGCCACUAUAGCCUCUGAAAGCUUUGGAAGAUCAUCAGCUUGCUGUCAAACUUUCCCGCCAACUUGCCGACACCCUGGGAGGUGUGAGCUCCCUCUGUCAGUCAGCCAGCCUCCUCUUGGAAAUGGGCGCCACGGAACUGACUUUGGUAAUGCCCUUAGAACUGAAAUUAUGUUUUCAGGCCCAGAUUGAACAAGCAGAGAAAAUUGCUUCCGAUACCAUCAGCGAGGGACCUUCCUCUCUCUCCCUGCUGCUCGUUCUACUGAGAGCUCAGUAUUGUUACAGCACAGGACAGGUGUCUCGUGGGGUGGCGUAUCUGUGUGCCGCGCUGAAAGAGGCCAAUGAGCAGAGGCAUUGUCGGAGUUGGUAUUUACUGCGAGCUCAAGCCCUUGAGCUCUGCAGCUCCUACCUGAGUUUGGACACAAGUUCACUGCCACAAAGCCAGCGGAGCUGCAUCACACAGCAUGGUGCACUAUAAGGCUCAAACGCCCGACCUUGAACGGUUCAGCUCUAUCAAAGUUUCCAAAGCCCAGAUGCUGCCUUAUAUGAAAGCCUCAAGCUCCUCAGCGGCCUGCUGCUCACUUUAGUGGGGAAAUGCUUACAUGGACCCAAUGGAAAUGGCUCAGAUUGACAACGGAAGCAACCUUGUCGUGUUGUGCAAAGAAAAUGGUUGUGCUGAGGAACCAGCUGUGGUGCUGUCAGUGAUGCCAGACUCCAGUGCCAAGAAGCUCUCAAACUGGCCAUCAAGCUGCAAGCGCUCAGCCAUUUCAUGGGUCACGACGUAGACGUACGCUUCCUUGACAGCCGGGUGGUCCUGAAGCGUCCCAUGAGAGCUGCCUCCCUGCUCAUCGGGUGCAGCAGCGCCACUCUGGCCGUUCGGGGGGAUCAGGAGGGACAAGGCAUCAUCCUCAAUUACCUCAUAGCGGGCUGCCCCUUUGUUUUGGGAAACCUGUGAGAUGUAACCGAUCGAGACAUCGACCGCUUUGCUAAAGCCUAGUUGGAAUCCUGGUUGUCAUCUGAAUGUGGAAGCGCCCUGCUGGACAACAUGGGCUCUUCUCGGCAGGCCACACACCUAAAACACCUCAUUGGCGCCGCACCUGUGGUCUAUGGCCUACCAGUCCAUCUGCAGUAGCGCAACUCAGCCUGCUACAGCUCACAUAUUUCAUUUUCUUCCUUUUUUAUUGUAAAGUACUGCAUUUUUUUUAUUUAUAACAACUGUUAACAGUGAGUGGUUAUAACAUCUUUACAGAGCAUUUUAUUGCACUUUUUAAUUGACAAACGCUUGCUUGGUCUGUGCCACAAACAGUCAUUUCAGUGCGAUACUAAUAUUUAGUGUAAUACCACACAACACAUAGUAUUUAAAUCCAUAUUAUCAUGACUUUGAACGUUGUUUUUGCAGGAUAGGGCUUUCACAAGUACACAUGUUGUCAUAUCGACUUGUAUGCAUUUUUAAUAGUUUUAUUCAAGAAAUAAAGCGACAUACAAACCUAUUUGAUUCAUUUUUAGACUUACAUUGAAAGGAUUUGUGCAGUCUUGUGCUGUGAGUACUCUACGGUCCGCUAGGGUGCGAUCUCGCAUGUCUGCGUUCAGUCUUUGAACCGGAAGCAAACAUAAGAGCGUGACGUCACACCCAACAUGGCGGUUAAUCUCACGGACUUGUCUCUGCCUCAGCUAGAGGGUCUUAAAAGCCAAUUAGAUCAGGAGAUUGAGUUCCUGACGUCCUCAAUAGGUCAACUCAAAGUCGUCCAGACCAAAUACGUCGAAGCAAAAGAUAGUUUGAAUGCGCUCAACCAAAACAAUCAAGGUAAACAACUACUGGUUCCACUUACAAGUUCUAUGUAUGUGCCCGGCACGUUGAAUGAUGUGGAGCAUGUCUUAGUGGAUGUGGGCACAGGAUAUUAUGUUGAAAAGAAUGUAUCCGAUUCCAAGGCUUUCUUCAAACGGAAAAUAGAUUUCCUGACAAAGCAGAUAGAGAAAAUUCAGCCCGCACUUCAGGAGAAACAUGCCAUGAAACAAGAUUUCAGCUUCUCAAAGGAAAAGGCCCACACGAGAAGAAGAGUGAGAAAAGAACUCCUGCAUCGGUGGUCGACCUGGCAAAGGAUUCGGCCAAAGCAACCACAGCUGCUCCUCCAGAAUCCCCAACUCAGGUUUCAGAUGCAGCGGCUCCUCCCUCAUCUUCACCACAGGCCUGGCACCCACCUGCUGCAUCCACACCCCCCAGGGAUGCUUCCUACUGUUGCUGACCAUCGUGAAAGCUUGGUGAAAUCAGGGAUUAAAAUGGUUCCCCUCACUCCAGACAUGGCAAGAUCUUGGAUUCUAUCCUCAAAAGAGAACAAGAACAGAACAAGACAAAGCGACUUCCCAAGCCUUUUUCACAAGUCACUUUUUCUUGCUCUGAUGGUUGAUUUAUUAUUCAUUUAAAUUAGGGAUGCUGCCGAUUUGGACACCGAUCAUCCAUGAGCGAGAUUGGACAAUACGGAUACAGAUCACAUGGAUUAAUUAUACAGUUUCAAUUGAUUUAUGAAGAGUGUUAUUGGCCAAGGAUGUCAUUAGACAAUUUCAAGGGCGCCUGGCAAAUAGGUAAUUAUUUCAAAAUAAUCUUAUGAGCAGAUUUUUUUUUGGAGUGGGUGGGGUUCUAUUUGUGUUUUAUUCACGACUGGCAACAUUUAAAGUGUACGCUGCUUUAUUUACCAAGCACAUCUCCACUCACACAGUGUGGCCACCGUCUUCAUGCUAUUAUAUGGUCAUUUGUCAUUAUGACUGCUGUCAUAGUAUCACCAGCGUAAGGCUGGACACACCAUGCGUUUGUUCGUUAAACCACACACAAAUUUGAGGACAAGACAUGAUUAGUAUCAUGACAACAAGAGAGCAAAGUUGUUCAGUUACUACGUACCCCCAUGAACGUGAUGCCCGACCACGUGUUUUUUACGGAAAUCGUCUGAUCCUAAUCGGUAGCGAUCGAUCGGUGCAUCCCUAAUUUAAAUAGUAAAUUAAAUGAGGGAAUCCGGUGUCAGAGACGUUAUUACUAUUAUUUUUUAAAAGCCAGUUAUUUUAACAUAAAAUUCAGUCU